GCCACCGUACUUUUAUUGUGGAAGCAAAGUCUCCGUUUCCGUCGACGCUAGCAUUUAUACCACUUACUUGGUAGAUGGCGUCCCAGCUGCUCCGAGGAGAAGAAACGCAAUCGUAAAAAAGACGAAGAUGGACUAAAGAUGGCCAACAACACAGGCCAGUUGUUACACGCUCUGGAAAGAUCGGAGGCUCGUCCGGACGGCGGCUACAAACACAAAUGGAGUUUCUCUGCACGAGAAAAUGAGGAGGACCAUCGCUCCGCCGUGACGACUUCGCCAGGUACCGACAAGCUGGAGUCUCCGUCCUCGCACGGAAACAAGUCUCCACCUUUGAGGCCUUUCAUCUCUGCCGACCCCCUGAGGACGUACGAAAAGCGCUUCUAUGGUCUUGCCAGGCCCAAAAAGCUCAACCUAACGUCAUCCCCGGCCGGUGCCGGUAACUACCCGAUGGUCAACCACGCCCCUUCGCAAGGAUUAGUGCUGCAGGGUCGCCAUUUUCAGCACGCGCAGAUGGCCUCCGCCCUGGGGAAGCCCGUCCAAAGGGACGACUCGACAGGCGACGUCGGGGAGGCGGCGGAAGUAGACAACAUUGUGCUCACUUGUCCUGAUUCGCCAGGCGACCGCAUCAAACGCCUGGUCAGUCAAAAGAGGAGAUCGCCGGAGAGUGCGGCCGUCUACCAGACGCUUUGCGGCAAGUGCAGAAAGCCGUGCGAGGACAGCAGCCGCUGCCGCCACUGCGGCAACAGUCCGGCAUGUCUGCCGUCACCGUCGCCCCGCGCCCCUCUUCGACCGGUGUCGCCGGACCGCCCGGAAGCGCCGCUGGGCGACCGCCGACGAUCUCCCCCGCCGGCUAGCGCGUCCCGCUGCCGCGGUGCCCGCGAGUUACCCAGAGGCAGGGCGAAGACGGCGCCCCGAAUCGACCGCCCCAUCGUCCUGUCCAGCGACGACGAAGCCGACGACGGCGCCGGGCGACCGGACAACGUCUCGCCUCGGCCCGCCGACUCGGCGCAUUCGUCGCCGGCACCCUGCGGCGGCGGAGCAGAGGCGAAAAGCGGCGGAGACAUGAGCGCCGCCUACUUUGAGGACGUGGAUCUGCGGAUGGUCAUACCGCGGCGGAACCGGAUGAAGGACCAGUUGGGACUGCGGCCGAGUUCUCCUCAAAAUAAGCGUUUCAAAGGGGAGCCCGCGAAGUGCGGCAGCAUCAUCCUGCAAUGCCGGAGCAUCCGCGUGGGAACGCUGCGGCGGAUGGUGACCAAGCCGGUGGUGUUUUCCGUGGAGCACAUCCAACUGGAGACGGAAGGGCCGGAGCCCAACACGUCGGAGAAGGUGCUCCUGCGGGCUUCGGAGCUGGUCCGCUGCGAGUGGUGCAGUGUCCGCAAGCUGCCCGUCCUCUUCUUCCAGACCACGCCCGACGAGUGCGUCCGACUGCGCGCGCAGCUCAACAUGACGCCGGACGUCGGCGGCCAGUGGUACGACUGCCAGGGUCAACAAUCGGACGAGAAGUACAUCGUGUUGAUAUUCGCCGACGGUCUGGACAUGAAGGAGCAGAUGAUCCUGGAGGACAUCUUGUUCGAAAUCGGGCACAACAACGACUUGGACGACUUUCCCUCCAAGUUGCCCUUCGAAGAGGCCAACAUCCGCCUGGUUAACUUCAACAAGGCCACCAAGCAGAAGCAAGAUAAGCUAAAGGGCGUCACCACCCCGUCUCGGUGUUUGCCCGUCACCAGGAGCUUCAGCGCUGCCAUCGCAGCCACUUUUUUUGAGCAGGAGAACAUAGAAGUGGCCGACCUGCAGCCCACCUUCUCGGGCCCGCCAGUCAAGCUGAUGGUUUACCCCCCUCCUCCGGCCAAAGGGGGCAUUUCGGUCACCAACGAAGACCUCCACUGCCUUAACGAGGGAGAAUUCCUUAAUGACGUUAUCAUCGAUUUUUAUUUAAAAUAUUUAGUUUUGGAGAAACUGAAGAAAGAAGAUUCCCAAAGAAUCCACGUCUUCAGCUCCUUCUUCUACCGGCGGCUCACCCAAAGGGAGAAGGGCAGCGCCCCCGACAGGAACACCAAUCUCCCGAUCCCCAAACGCAAGCACAACAGGGUCAAGACGUGGACGCGGCACGUGGAUCUCUUCGAAAAGGACUUUGUCUUCGUUCCCAUCAACGAAUCGGCGCACUGGUACCUGGCGGUGAUCUGCUUCCCCGGCGCCGACCCCCCUUCGGAGGAACUGCCGGAGGGACCCCGGCCCGAUCCUACCGAGCGGCCCUCCGAACCGCGCUACGCCGGCGAGUUGCACAGAAUCAGCGUGUGUUACGCGAACGACUACGACCAGAUGUCGGACGAGCGGAGCUCCUGUCAGGACGAAGGCAGCGACGACGGCGCUCUGCCGGCAGAGGACGCCUCCGACUCGGCCCCGGCCUCCGACGCCGGCGAAGUCGACCGCUGCAAAAGGUCGUGCAUCCUCAUCAUGGACUCCCUGCGCGGUCCCACCAGGUCAACAGUGGUCAAGACGCUGAGAGAGUACCUGGAAGUGGAGUGGGAAGUGCGCAAAGGCAGUAAGCGCAGCUUUGGCAAAAAUGUCAUGAAGGGCUCCAGUCCUCGCGUGCCUCAGCAGGACAACUUCAGCGACUGCGGAAUCUACGUCCUGCAGUACGUGGAGAGCUUCUUUGAGAACCCCAUCAGCAACUUCCAGCCGCCCGUCAACCUGACCGAGUGGUUCCCUCAGCAGAGGAUGAAGAGCAAACGUCAGGAGAUUGCUAGCUUGAUCCUGCGCAUCCGAGACCAGCAGGAAGCCCGCCGGGAGGGGGCCGAGGCCUUGCCCGAGGUCCAGGAGGCGUCCGGCGCCGACCCUCCGCCGCUCGACCCCUGAACCGUUGUCAGCCGUUUGCCGAUUCUGCUUCCCGAGCAAUUUGUACGAAUAAUGACACGUUUUCAGUAAAAGAAAGACCUCAACAUAAGGUUUGGAUUCAAGACUUUUAUUUUGAGAAAUGUGUCGCGUAUGGAAGAACUUCAGGGGUUCGAGGCAAAUGAGUCACCUGCACUCACAAAUGACACGGUGGCAGUGUUCCCCGCUGCCUACCGAGGAGCUAGCUGAACCAGAUGACUUGUCAGAGACCCCACGCCGUUUUAUCCGGCGAGGAAGGUGAGGACGAACGUUGGUUACCCGGGCACAGAAGUUAGAAGAUGGAGACAAACACAAUGGAAGUAUGAUGUGUUUACACUUGACAUCAGAUUGCUCAAGUUCGAUAAAUGAAUGAGGGAAAAAUAUUUCCGUUGUGACGACGUUACCGUCGCAGAAGAUUACAAUGUACAAAUCUGUCCAAAAUUAAACAGCAAAUGAACAAAAAUGCAUUUUGAACAUGUUGCAUUACACAUAAAUGACUUAGAGGAACGUGUGUGUGUGUGUGUGUUUGUUCCGUGUUAGAGGGUGUUCCCCCAUUCGAGGCGGACACACCCUCUAGAUGCUUCCAUGUGCCUCAUGUUCCGUUGUGAGACGAAUAAAUGUUCUCAAGUUUUGGCCUCCGACUCCUCCUUCCUGGCACCAGACUGGUGACCCUGACAGUGGACCUGCAGUCUCCAGGACCACAUUGAACAUGAUGGCGGUGAACGCCGGAGUUCUGGGAGUUGACACCUGAAACGUGGUUUGGUCAGGCCGAGGCGCCGGUCGGUCUUUGCCGCAUUGAAGACGACGACAGAGAAGAAAUUCUGGCAUGUCGUCGCAGCAUUGGACAGCGUCGCAGGUGUUCUGCCAGACCGCGCAUGUCCUGCAGUGAAAGGUAUGCUCAUAUGAUGGGCAUCCUGAGAUGUUGCAACACCAGGAAUAAGUAUGACGCGCUGAAGGACCACCUACUGAGGGUGUAUGGGACCUUCCUCCUCCGGUUACUGGACAUCAAUGGGUUUGGCAAGCGCAUAAUGACAGCUAAUGGACAUCAUGCUGAACGACGGAGCCAAGUUAACUUUGCUUGGCGCUGUUCCUGUGUCAACUCCCUGCUCUCGGUUUUCCGGUAUCGCGCCAAUGUAGUUCCCCCUGUCAAAAAUUGUAUCACCUGGUCGCGGGAGUGCGGAUGCAUUCAGGGAAGCAGGCCUAGGCCAUUUGGGAGCCCUAAGCAAAAUCAUGCCAAGGGGCCCAUAUUUUUCCUCACAGUGUACUGUGAAACCCAUACAUGCAAUCCAACCCAUACGUCCAUAUUUUGUAUAUUAAUCAGAUUUUUCGUUUCUCUGCUCCAGGAGCAUGAAUUCUCUUCGACAUAUCCGUGCAUCUAUUUUCCAAGCAAGUUUGAGCACCAAUCAUUGCAAAGCAGGUUCAACGUCACUCCCCAGGUUGCCAGACUGUAAUGACAAGAAAAUGGAUGUUUGCACCGAUAAACGGCAAUGCGCGACACAUUAUUCACGAUGCUCUAUUAACAACGUAUAAAAUGAGGUUGCCAAAUUGGGGGCUGUUCGUGGUCAGGGGCCCUAAGCAGCUGCAUAGUUUGCGUAUAGGCUGGGCCGGCCUUGCAGGGAAGGUGGAGCCACUGCGCUGGACUGAUAUCCGUAUUUUGGUGAUGUAGAUAGCUACAAGGUUUUAAAACCUGGUCCAUCCAUCAAAUAGUACUUUUUUCUGUCGUGUAACAUACGUACUGAAAGUAAAAAAAGGCUAUGUUUUACUGUUUUACU